CCCAUCGGAAUCAAGGGCGCAAGACUCGGGUUGGAUUAUCCUGGGCUAGAAUUCCUCUCCAGCCAGGGACCAAGAAACCGGAGUUACUGCUCCUGGGCAGGCAGCUCCAUGCAGAGGGAAGCAACACCCCCCCACACACACACACCCAUAACUCCAAAGCCUGGGGGGGGGCAGAUGCAUUGGGUUUUACUUUUCAGGGCGGGUCCCUUUCGUGUGAGGCUUGGGGGUGACCUUCUGGCUCCAAUCUGUCCUCACUGCCAUAUGGCCACUCUGAGGGGUCAGUGCCUCCCAGGCAGGGAUGAGCCCUCAGUGUCAGGGUCACUGCUGGGCCCUCCCUUGGCCCCUACAAGGAGAGGAGUGAUGCUGGCGUGACACACACACAGCCCCCCAAGCCCAUCCCACUUCCCACUGAGCCCCGUCUGAGAGGGGGGCUCUGCCUCCUGCCUGUCUCAGCCAGGCAAUGUCUGGGACUCAGGUGCCCUCCGGGCAGGACGGUAACCUCCCUACCAGGCCACUCCUGAGUCCACAGUGCUGAGCACAUGCACAGAAUGAUGACCUGACCAUUUUCUGCCAGGACGCACCUCUUACAUUUUUCUAUGUAUUUAUUUAAAUGGGAGACAGGCAAAGUCAGAGACAGAGACCCCUGCCUGCUAGGUCACUCCCCAGACACCAGACGGCCAGGGCUGGGCCAGGCUGAAGCCGGGAGCCAGGAGCUCCAUGGAGUCACAGGGGUGGUGCAGGGGCCCAGGGUGCGCAAGCAUGGGGGCUAGCUGGGGCUGGCUGGAUGCAGAGCCGGGACCCGCGGAGCCUUCACUGCUGCAGCCAGUGCCCACCCACUGCCCCGCAGGCGCCAGGGGAUGGCCACGGCUGCCCCACCCCGGCCCUGCCACUCCGCCUCCUCUGCCAGGCAGGGCAGUGGGGUGGGGGGAGCGCGAGGGGCCACAGGUUCUGUCGGCCUCUCCCCAGCCCCUCCCGGUGCACUGAACUUCAACCGACCCUACCAGAAAUGCAAGACCCUGGUGGCCCCGGAGAUCAGCAUCUCUGACCAAAGCGAGGGCUCCCCGCUGUCCAACGACUUCCUGGACACGCACAACCUGGACAUGAACGUGGACAACAUUGAGACCCCCGACGAGAUGGACUCGCUCGAGUUCCUGGGCAACGGCAAUGAGCUGGAGUGGGAAGAUGACACCCCGGUGGCCCCCGGCAAGAACAUGCCUGGGGACAGCGCGGACCUGUUUGGGGACGGCGUGGCAGAGGACAGCGAUGCGGCCAAUGGGCGCCUGUGGCUCACAGUCAUCAUCGGGGAGCAGGAGCACCGCAUCGACCUGCACAUGAUCCAGCUGCACAUGAAGGUGGUCACGCACGGAGGCAACCACGGCGAGGGCCUCAACGCCAUCAUCGUCUUCACCUCCUGCUUCCUCCCCAACAGCAGCUGUGCUGACUACCACUGUGUCAUGGAGAACCUGUCCUGUGAGCAGGCGGCGGGGCGGGGUGGGCGGGGCAGGGCAGGCGCGGGGCGUGGCUGCUCACCCAGGCUCUCUGCCCUGCUGGCCCCACUCACCAAGCCUGGGCCUUCCCCUGGACCCCUGUCUCGGCAGCUGCUGUCUCCACCACACAUGUCCAUCACCAACACUACCAUCACCUUCAUCAUCACCACCAACACUACCGUGAGCACCAACACUACCACCCUGAUCCCCAUCACACGUCUGUCACCACCACCACCACCACACGCCGGUCACACCGUCACCGCCUCCCACGCCGCAGCCACAGGCCGGGCGCCCACCACAUCCACACCCGCAGCCGCCCGGACAGGCUCAGUCCCCGGCCCCAGGUCACAGUUUCACGGGGAGGAUGAGUGA